UAAAUCCGAAUUCUGAGCUUUCCGACCAACCGAGCGAGCGCCCGUGCCGCGCUCGGCGAAUUUAAAAAUAAAACAUUUCUUUUCGGCCAGCACGCCGACACCAAAAACUCCUUGGUUAAAAAAGAAAAAAGUUUUUACUGUUUUGUGAAAAUUGCGAAAAUUGGCGGCAAAGUGUAGUGCUUGGUGUGGAUUAUGGUUAAAAAUAGUGUUUUUGCGUCAUAUACGAGACCGAGACCAGAAGUAGACGGAAAGCUGAUAGUAUUUCGGUGACAUAGCGCAAAAUUUUGUGUAGCGCGGGACGGUUUGACGGUCACAUUGUGGAUAUGGCCUAGUUUUGUGUGUUUUAUUUUGAAAUGAGCGACUUUUUGUGAUGUGACGGUGGUUGAGCUUCAUUUUCAGGAUAAGGAAUAUUAGGAAGAUAAGGCAGCGAUGGCGGACACAGCAGUGGCGGCAUCAGCGACCCCUGGAGCCGACAGCACGGUGCUAGGUCCUGACGGCCAGCCAGUCCUGACGCAGCCCGCGCCCCGCAAGUCCACCAGGCCAAGGGGGAAACCGGUGCCAGAGAGGCCUAAGAGAAGUCUGUUCUGCCUAGGCCUAAAGAAUCCGUUGAGGAACCUGUGCUAUAAUAUUGUGGAGUGGAAACCAUUCGAGUACAUGAUCCUGACGACGAUCUUCGCCAACUGCAUCGCUCUCGCCGUGUUCACACCCUAUCCCAUGAGUGACACCAACGAGACCAACCAGAUCUUGGAAAAGGUGGAAUGGAUCUUCAUGGUGAUCUUCACCGGCGAGUGCGUGAUGAAGAUCAUCGCGUACGGCUUCCUGUUCCACCCAGGCGCCUACCUGCGCAACACGUGGAACAGCCUCGACUUCAUCAUCGUCACUAUUGGUAUCAUGAGUGUGGUUCUCCAGUACAUCUGGAAGGACUUGUUCGACGUGAAAGCCUUGAGAGCCUUCAGAGUUCUGCGACCUCUUCGACUUGUGUCUGGUGUUCCAAGUCUUCAGAUCGUGCUCAACUCGAUCCUCAAGGCCAUGGUGCCGCUGUUCCACAUCGCGUUCCUGGUGCUCUUCGUCAUCAUCAUCUACGCCAUCAUCGGGCUCGAGCUGUUCUCCGGGGCUCUGCACAUGACUUGCUAUACUAUUGCUGAUGACAAAGAAGUAGACGGCGCCCACGCCUGCAGCAACGAGACCGACGUGGGCCUCAACUGUGAUGAAGGCCAGGUCUGCAAGUCCCCGUGGCAAGGACCCAACUUCGGCAUCACUAACUUCGACAACAUCGGCUAUUCCAUGCUGACUGUCUUCCAGUGUAUCACCCUUGAGGGGUGGACUGAUAUUAUGUAUGAGCUUUCUAAUGUAAAAGGAAACACGUGGGUUUGGAUUUAUUUUGUAUCAAUGGUUAUCUUCGGCAAUUUUUUCGUCAUGAAUCUAAUUCUCGGAGUGUUGUCUGGAGAGUUCUCCAAAGAAAGAGAAAAAGCUAAAAAUCGGGGUGACUUUCAAAAAUCUAGAGAAAGACAGCAGUUUGAGGAAGAUCUUAAAGGUUACCUAAACUGGAUCACUGUAGCCGAAGAAAUAGAUCUGGAAGACCAGCCCAAAGAAGAUCAGGAUAAAGAUUCUCAAGGAAAUAAAGACCGCACGAGUAAUGAUGGAUCACAAAGCAAUAUGAAUCAAAAUGCAGAGAAUGCAAAAACAUCCACAUGUAAAAUAUACUGCAAAAGAUUUGAUAAGAUAAAUCGCCGCAUGCGCCGAUCCUGUAGAAAAGCGGUCAAAUCUCAAGCUUUUUAUUGGGCUAUCAUUAUCCUUGUUUUUCUCAACACUUUGGUGUUGGCUACUGAACAUUAUAACCAGCCAGAAUGGCUAGAUGCAUUCCAAAAUUCGGCGAACUUUUUAUUCGUCGUUCUAUUUACAAUGGAGAUGUUAGUGAAAAUGUACGCCUUGGGUAUACAAGGUUAUUUCGUGUCUCUCUUCAAUAGGUUCGAUUGUUUCGUGAUGUUUUGUUCCAUAGUGGAGUUAGCUCUCACAAUGACCCACACGAUACCGCAGCUCGGUAUAUCUGUGUUGCGAUGUGUCAGACUCCUUAGAGUUUUCAAAGUUACCAAAUAUUGGCGGUCUCUGUCCAACCUAGUAGCCUCUCUCCUGAACUCUAUCCAAUCCAUCUUCUCUCUCCUUCUACUUCUCUUCCUAUUUAUUAUGAUCUUCGCGCUACUCGGGAUGCAAGUCUUUGGAGGAAGAUUUGACUACGCUCCCGAAGAACAGAAAGAGAGACACAACUUUGACUCUUUCUGGCAAGCGGUGCUGACUAUGUUUCAGGUGCUAACAGGCGAAGAUUGGAACGUGGUCAUGUAUCACGGCAUCAAUGCUUAUGGUGGACAUGACUCUUAUGGAAUGCUGGCCUCCAUCUAUUUCAUUGUCAUAUUUAUUUGUGGUAACUAUAUUUUACUGAACGUGUUCUUGGCUAUCGCUGUCGACAAUCUCGGCGAUGCUGAAGAAAUGGAUGAAAUACAAAAGGAAAAAGACGAAGCUGAGAAUCCAGAAGCAGGUAAUCCUCAACUUGACGAAGAAGGAGAUCGUGGUGAGACUGAAGAUGAAUACAAUGAGGAUGAAUUUGAUACAGAAGGAUCUGAUCGAGAUUAUGAAGAAACUGGAUCAGAGCAAGACAUUGAAGAGCAAGAACCUGAAGAAGGAGAGAAUAUUGAAAAUGCACUUGUUUCUAAUGAAAUCAAACAGAACGGUGAUAUUAUGAAAGACGCACCAAAAAGACAAGCCACGAUAUCGGCGCGGCCUCGCCGUCUCUCCGAGAUCGAAAUCAAGAACCAAGACAAACCCAUUCCAGAAGGCACCUCGUUCUUCAUAUUCUCCAAGGAUAACUGGUUCCGAGUGCUCUGCUACAACAUCCAGAACAACUCGUGGUUCAAGAACUUGAUUCUGCUGUGCAUCCUCGCCUCUUCCCUCAUGCUGGCCAUGGAGGAUCCAGUGCAGAGCAAAAGUGAAAAGGCUGAGAUUCUGAAAAAGGUGGACUACUUCUUUACGGCAGUUUUUACGACAGAGUUGAUGCUGAAAUUGAUCACAUACGGCUUGAUACUGCACAAAGACUCAUUUUGCAGAUCAGCAUUCAACCUUUUGGACAUGCUGGUCGUUUUUGUGUCCUUAGUCUCAAUAUUUUCGUCCAGUAGUGUUUCGUUUAUUAAAAUUCUCCGAGUAUUCAGAGUUUUGAGGCCUCUCAGAGCAAUCAACAGAGCUAAGGGUCUAAAGCACGUAGUCCAAUGUGUAAUCGUUGCUAUAAAAACGAUUGGAAACAUUUUGUUGGUGACAAAUCUUCUGCAAUUCAUGUUCGCCGUCAUGGGAGUGCAAAUGUUCAAGGGUAAAUUCUUUAAAUGUUCAGACAUCACAAAAAUGACUGAGGAAGACUGCCAUGGUCAAUACCUUAUAUAUGAGAAUAGUCUUCCAACUGUAAAGGAAAGACUGUGGACUAAAAAUAAGUUUAAUUUCGACGACGUACUCAGCGGAAUGCUUACUCUAUUCACUGUUGCCACUUUUGAAGGAUGGCCGGGUCUGCUAUCGACAUCGAUGGAUUCUAAUGAAGAAAAUAAAGGGCCAAUCGAAAAUUCUAGACCUUUGGUUGCGUUUUUCUACAUCAGUUACAUCAUUGUCAUUGCUUUCUUCAUGAUGAAUAUCUUCGUAGGUUUUGUCAUAGUGACAUUCCAGAAGGAAGGAGAACAGGAGUUCAAGGACUGCGAACUGGAUAAAAACCAAAGGAACUGUAUAGAGUUUGCUCUGAAAGCUAAACCUGUUAGACGAUACAUACCAAAGCACCGUAUACAAUAUAAGACGUGGUGGUUCGUGACAUCACAACAGUUUGAAUAUGUGAUAUUUUUCUUCAUCGUGCUCAACACUAUUGCUCUAAUGAUGAAGUAUCAUGAUGCACCGCCUUUAUAUCGACGGUGUCUUGAUUUCCUGAACAUGUUGCUGACGACAGUUUUCAUGCUGGAGUUUGUAUUCAAGCUCGCCGCUUUUAGAUUCAAGAACUAUUUUGGUGAUGCAUGGAAUACGACAGAUUUCAUAUUAGUGGUCGGUAGUAUUAUAGACAUUGUGGUCACACAGGUGAACGAAAAUAACCCUCGCUAUUCUGAAAGCAGUAAGGGUUCCUCACUGCUCAAAUACAUCACAUUCUUCCGUCUGUUCCGAGCCAUGCGUCUGAUCAAACUGCUGUCUCGAGGGGAGAGGAUCAGGACUUUACUGUGGACCUUCAUCAAGUCAUUCCAGGCUUUACCUUAUGUCGCCCUGCUGAUUGUGCUACUGUUCUUCAUUUAUGCCGUUGUUGGGAUGCAGCUAUUUGGUAAAGUGGAAGAAAACGACAUAAUAACAAGAAACAAUAACUUCAGAACGUUUGGUGGUGCACUCAUGGUGUUAUUCAGAUCAGCUACAGGAGAAGCAUGGCAGGAGAUAAUGAUGGCUCUCUCCACCAACGAUGCGGAACACCCCGGGGUGCCCACCGGCUGCGUCAAGUCUGAUGAUGAUGAUGGCGAUAGCAAGGGCGGCUGUGGGACCAUCCUCGCCUUCCCUUACUUUAUAUCGUUCUCGCUGCUUUGUACUUUCCUUAUUAUCAACCUAUUCGUAGCCGUUAUUAUGGAUAACUUCGACUAUUUGACCAGAGACUGGUCUAUAUUGGGACCACAUCACUUGGAUGAGUUUGUCAGAUUAUGGAGCGAAUAUGAUCCUGAUGCCAAAGGCAGGAUCAAACAUUUAGAUGUUGUCACUUUAUUGCGAAAGAUAAGUCCUCCAUUAGGUUUUGGUAAACUAUGUCCACAUCGGACAGCCUGCAAGAGGCUGGUGUCGAUGAAUAUGCCUCUGAACUCAGAUGGCACUGUCAAUUUCAACGCGACACUCUUCGCCGUGGUCAGGACACAGCUGCAGAUAAAGACUUCAGGUGUAAUCGACGACUGCAAUACAGAGCUCCGGGCGAUAAUCAAAAAAGUUUGGAAGAGGACGUCUCCCAAACUCCUAGACCAAGUGGUCCCUCCCCCUGGUGACCCCAACGAGAUCACAGUCGGAAAGUUCUACGCUACAUUCCUCAUACAGGACUACUUUAGAAGGAACCAUGCAUUCCGUAAGCGCAAGGAGCAAGCGGCAGCAGCUUCGGAAACGACCAAUCAGAUGACGCUACAGGCCGGCCUGAGGACGCUGCACGAGGCGGGUCCAGAGCUCAAGCGCGCCAUCUCUGGGAAUUUGGACGAAGUUGUGGCUGAGACUGUUGAGCCCAUGCAUAGGCGUAACCACACUCUGUUCGGUGCUGUGUGGACCAGUAUAAAGAGGCAUGGCCGGGAGAGUUUCUACAAACCGGAUAAGAAGCCUAAAUCCAAGUCAAGUACGAUGUUGGAGAAUCAAUCUCUGACUUCAAUGAUGAGAAGAGAACUAGGAUACGAUGGAAAAAUACCUGAAGAAGAAAAUAUGAGGUACGAAGACGGCAAUCAAAGUGAUGAAGAGAUCGCGAUGCAGCCGCUGCUGAACUGCAAGAAAGACUCGGAACGAAUAUUCCAGGCGAUAGAAAAAACAUCCAACGAUUUAAUGCUGACAAUGAGAAGAAACAAUCGUGACAAGAAGCCAGGAGCUGUGAACAACAACGUGCCUUAUUGUGUAGAGAGUCCAGCGGAGAAUCUUAUUACACGAGUACUGACGGAGCAGGGCCUCGGGAAGUAUUGUGACCGGGAGUUCGUGACGAACACCUCCCGCGAGAUGCAGGAGGCGCUGGACCUGACGCAGGAGGAGAUGGACACUGCUGCCAAUCAAAUCAUCCUCCAAGAGAAGAUGAACCAAUCAGUUGCAUUGCCAAAUAAUGUGGACAGUAUACUGUCUCGGCAGUACCACCCGUUCCACCAGCCACCCAUGCAGCCUCCUCGUCAAAGCUUCGUCUGACAUCAGUAGAUUUUGUACUUGUAAAGGAUUUUUGAACGCAAACCUCCUCGGUUGGUAGCCGACUGGCGGUUUUUUUAACUCGAAUUUUCGAGUUUUGUUUUUCCUUUGGGAAAGGCUGGCCCCGGAAGUAGGGGUCUUUUCAAGUUUUUGAUGGGUGUGUAAUUUUGCUAUCGUAAUAUCCGAAACCAAAAUAACUUAGGUACGUAACUGGUGGGAGAGCAU